GCCUCUGUCCGGUUGCCAUGGCGGCAGCGGCUGCCGAGCCCACCGGAAGCGGAAGCGGGGGGAGGGACCGGAAGCGGAACCGAGUGGGGGGGACCGGAAGCGGCGCCAUGAUGCGCUUCAUGCUGCUGUUCAGCCGGCAGGGCAAGCUGCGCCUGCAGAAGUGGUUCCUGGCCACGGCCGAGCGCGACAAGCGGAAGCUGGUGCGCGAGCUGAUGCAGCUGGUGCUGGCGCGCAAGCCCAAGAUGUGCAGCUUCCUCGAGUGGCGCGACCUCAAGGUGGUCUACAAGAGGUACGCCAGCCUCUACUUCUGCUGCGCCAUCGAGGGCCAGGACAACGAGCUGAUCACGCUGGAGCUCAUCCACCGCUACGUCGAGCUGCUCGACAAGUACUUCGGCAGCGUGUGCGAGCUGGACAUCAUCUUCAACUUCGAGAAGGCGUACUUCAUCCUGGACGAGUUCGUCAUGGGCGGCGAGGUGCAGGACACCUCCAAAAAGAGCGUCCUCAAGGCCAUCGAGCAGGCCGACCUGCUGCAGGAGGAGGACGAGUCCCCCCGCAGCGUCCUGGAGGAGAUGGGGCUGGCGUAGCCCCCCCCACCCCCCAGGGGGGCCCCCCCCCAGGACCCCCAAACGGAGCCGGGCUGGGGAGGUGGGCGCCCCCCCCCGCUGUAAAUACAGCCCCUCCCCCACGCGCAGGGGGCGGGGAGCCCCCCCCAGCCCCCUCCCCUCUCACGGGGCCCCCCCGAAAUGGGGGGGGGGCAUUGGGGGGAAGCCCCCCCAGAAUAAAAACGUGCGGAGA